UUUUGCUAAUUUAGUGGUUUUGCUGCUGUGAGAAGACGAUGAACAGAUACUUUAUGUUCACGGUCACCGUGAGCCUGACUGCGGCUCUUUUAACGCAGAUAAACUGCAGCAGAAUGAAGAAAGUGACGAACGCCAAGAUUUUGGGUUUUGACUGGAAGAACUGUGGGCAGCCUGAUGAUCCAUCUGUGCUGAAAUCUCUCAGUUUGUCACCAGAUCCCAUCAACAUUCCAGGCAGCCUGACGGCGUCUGCCUCCGGAUCCACGUCCGUGGCGCUGACCGCUCCGCUGGCUCUGAACGUGACGAUGGAGAAGGAGCUGGCAGGUAUUUGGGUGAAGAUCCCCUGUGUGGAGCAGGUUGGCAGCUGCCACUAUCCAGAUGUUUGUGAUCUCCUUAACUUGGUCAUCCCACCGGGUCAGGACUGUCCAGAACCGAUGCACACCUAUGGCCUGCCCUGCCACUGCCCCUUCAAAGCCGGCUCCUACUCUCUGCCGCAGUCCGACUUCUACCUUCCCUUCAUGGAUCUGCCCUACUGGUUGACCAACGGGAACUACCGGCUGCAGGGCAUGCUGGGUAGCCAGACCAGAGAACUGGGCUGCAUCCAGGUCUCACUCGCCAUCCAGUCCUACUGAACCAGGGAGAAAUUCACACAUUAAAAAAAAAAAACAUUCAUUUAAAAGAAAAGCAACUCUAAACAAAGCUGUUAGGAUUUAUAAAUGAGGCAAAGUGUGAACGAUAAAUCGGAUUUUUUCUUAUGUUACUAAUGUAGCCUUUGAUUUCUGCCAUACAGUGUUUGCAUAUCAGUACAAAAACGUGAUUAUACUGUAUUUUUUUGGACUAAAAGUUGCAGGUUUGGAAGCUGCUGUGAUUUAUAUUCUGAAGCAAUUUACAUGUU